AUGUCUAGUAAAAGACAUUCGAUUCUUCCUGCUAUCGAUCGCAGCGGUCCCAGACCACCAGUCCAUUUCUCCUCGACCCUUACAAUCUCCGACAAUGCGAUCCUCCAAGGCACACACUCGAUUACUAUGCAGACGGAGACAGUAAUCCAUCCUCGAUCGAAAUUCGAGUCGAACUACGGGUCUAUCCUGAUCGGACGUCGAUGUCUGGUUCAUGAAAGGGUACAUAUGGGAGCUCGUCCUGCAGACCUCGACACUGCGAAGCCUGGUGGCAUCGUGCUGGGUGACUAUGUGGCGAUAGAGGCUGGCUCGACCAUCGAAUCUGGUGGGACCGAGAUAGGAGAGGGCACUGUUGUACAACCCGGAAGCAUCAUAGGAAGCGGUGCCAGAAUUGGCAAGAACUGCACCAUCACACACAUGUCCAACAUUGCUCCCGGUACUGUGUUGCCGGACAAUACUGUAGUGUUUUCGAACGGGACAAGACGAAUCGACCGACGUGAGCUUUCUGAUCAAAGAAAGAUUGCUUUAAUUAAGCAGCUCGCAAUAUUGCGAAAGAUGAUACCCAGCAACCCAGACAAGUUUAAAUAG